AUGCGCAUCUGGUGGCUGGGAUUUUGUGCUAACUUUGAUCAGCCGUGGCGAGACUAUGCUGCAUUGUCCGGGCAUCAAAGGGGCCCUGGUCUAGUCCGGAAUGACGCACUUUCGCUUCAUGAUGGUGGGGGUGCCGUGGGGUCUGAUAACGCAUCGGGGUGUAUACUCUUCGGCAUCCAGUCCGAGGUUUGA